AAGACUUCUCCUCUGCUGCCCAAGCGCUAUCGUGCAGGGAUAGCUGCCGUCUUCAGUCAAACCAAAGCAGGCUCUUCAAAGAGAAGGCUGACUCUAGACAGGUGGUAUAUACAUGAUAGUAGAGUAACUGGCCAACUGCUUCUUGUGCUUUUAUAUUUUACUGAUUUUUUUUUUUUUUUUAAUUUUGAUUGUGCAUUUUGACUGGUGGAUGUUUUUUAUAACCUGAUUUGGUGAAGUUCUGCAAGAUUUGAUUUAUCUAUUUUAAUGUUCUAUUUCUAUAACUAUUAAAAUGGUGUAUUUAUUUAAAUGAAAAAGUAAAAUUAAGGUGGGAUUUAAGUCUUUGAAAGGGAUGAAUUAAAGCUGAAGUCUAAUUUGCAUUUGUAAGCAACUGAGAAAACAUUUCAGUACAUGUGUAAAGCUUGGAGUCAUAUGUAACACCUAAGAAACUUUUCAGUACCACUGCAUGAAGUACUGGAGUGUGAGUUACAGACUACUCAUGACCAGUUUGCUGCUUGUUAUGAGAGGAGGGGUGGGUGAGGAGGAGGGAGGAAAUGACACCAAUUGAGAAAUCUGUUCAGAUGUGAAAAUAAUUCUAUUUGUGUGCUGAUUAUUUGUUGCUUCCACUACGUGAGAACUGAUGGCUAUCCAGUAUAAUUCUUUGAAAUGUGCCUUAUUUACCUUUUGCUUCAAAUACUGUGUGACAAGGAUUCAUGUCCUCACGUGUCUGAUUCUGAGCCCACAGGGAAGAUAACGCAGAGGCCAAACUUGGAAGCGUGUUUUUCAAUUUGGCAAAUUAGAGAAAAAAAUACCCCAAACCAAAUCCCAAAAGCUGUGUGACUUCCAGAUGGUUGAAGUUCCACUUUGCUUUAUCACUGCUUUUGCAAAAGGUUUGUGCUCUCUUUAUAGUGGGAUGAGAAAAGUAGCUUUGGAAGCUCCUUCCUUCCCAGAAAGAUGAGCUGGGGGUAGCUGGAAGACAGCUGGGGCAGGUGGGAGUUUGAUACUCUUAGGAUCCAAGUUCUUUUUGUCAGUCCUUUUGUCAGCUGGACUUGUGGUCUCUGGUUUAGAUGUCUUGGGGGUUAGUGAAUCCUUGUAUACUGGGUACCCACGUGGUUAACAACCACUUGCACAGAGCACUCUUUUGAGGACUUUCUGGUUUUGUUUUUAGCUUUUCCCCAUCUGAUACUUUUGACCAAUGUGCUCAAAAAUCUAAAUCUUUUGAAGCACAUCAGCUUCAGAAGAAGUUACUUUUGUGUAUUUUAAGAUUUAGAAGAAUAAUGCUUACGUGUACUGACUGGAAUAUGUGCAAUAUUUUACAGUUUUCUCAUUCUGUGAACAUUGAUUUUAAGCAACCUUACUGAAAUGGGACAAUUUGGAAACCGUAUUUCAUGUGCCAAAGAGGAGAUCUGCCUGAAUACUGAGUAUUCUCCUGAACUGAUGUUCCCAAACACCCUGGUUUCUUCUCUGGCUGCCUUUUACAUCAAAAAAUAAGGAUUCGUUCUGGAUGGAAAACACUGCUUCUGGAGAAAAAGGGACCUCUUGUAUCUCCAGUGGAAACUGGCACGAGCUGGAACAGACUGCAUUGUCAUGGGACCAUGGGAGAGCUACAACAGGAGCUGCAGCUUUCAACAAACCCUCUGGGUUCAGCCCUCGUGCAGAGAAACCUGUGAAUCUAAAACUCAAUAACUGAGAAUUACAUGAAUGAUAGCCUGAGAACAGAUGUCUUUGUACGAUUCCAGCCAGAGAGCAUUGCCUGUGCAUGCAUUUACCUUGCAGCUAGGACCCUGGAGAUUCCACUUCCCAACCGUCCACACUGGUUUUUACUUUUUGGAGCAACAGAGGAAGAAAUCCAAGAAAUCUGCUUAAAAAUUUUGCAGCUCUACACUCGGAAAAAGGUUGAUCUGUCUGAUCUGGAAAGUAAAGUAGAAAAGAAGAAAUUGGCAAUUGAAGAGGCAAAAGCACAAGCUAAAGGUCUGGUACCUGAGGGAGCCCCAAGUCUGGAUAAUACAUCAGGAUUUUCCCCUAUCCCAAAAAAUGAGUCUCCAAAAGAAGUUAAAGGAAAUAAACCUUCACCGCUACCUGUGCAGGCGAUGAAGAAUGCUAAAAGGAAAACAGAGGCAGCAAAAAGAACAAGUUCAAACAGCCCAGUAAAUGGCGUUCAGAAAGGGAGGGAAAGCAGAAGUCGAAGUGGAAGUCGAGAUCAGAGUUACUCAAGGUCACCGUCCAGAUCUGCAUCUCCGAAGCACAGGAAAAGUGAAAGCUACUCCACCUCCAGCGGCUCCAAAUCCCACAGCCGCUCCCGGAGCCGCAGCGAUUCCCCUCCCAGGCAGUUCAACCACGGCUCCAGCUACAAAGGCUCCAAGGUGAGAAGCUACAAGAAAUCCAAAGACUACAAAUACUCUGCUCACAAAGGCAGGAAGUCCUGCAGCAGGAGCUCUUCCCGCUCCAGGAGCCGCUCCAGGGAGCGCUCAGACCACUCUGGGAAGUACAAGAAGAAGAGUCACUACUACAGGGCGCAGCGGCACGAGCGGGAGCGCUCCUACGAGCGAGCCGCACACCGCUACGACCGAGACCACCCCGGCCACAGCAGGCACAGGAGGUGAACGCAGCAGAAGAAACCAACCCCAAACUCUUUCCUUUGGGAGUUCCAGCAGGGCAACCCUUCCUCCUUUUCGGGGCUUUGCAGCAUUAAGGGUUAACCUUAUGGCUUGUAAAGCACCUGGCUUGAGUCGUGGCCCCGUUCUGCUGGCAGCGCCCUCUGUGCUGUCCUGGAUCUGAAGGAAAGGAUGAUGUGAAGGACUUCAUCUGAUCUUUGUCUCUGUGACUGUUCUGAUAACGCUGCAGGACUUCUCUGGAUGCUCCUAUGCCUGUUCUUUAGUAAUUCCCAUAGUGCAGUGGGGGGCAUGUUGCUUGAGACUUCCAGAUCUGCAAGCAGGACCUCAGUUGGAAUUGCUGGUGCUGAAGAGUCCUCUCUUGUGGAACUAGAAGGCUCAGGGCAGUUGCUAAGAAGCAUUGGAGUGGCUUGGUGCUAACAAAGCUGUCUUUUCAUACUGACUCAAUGAUGUUGUACAGAUGCAAGGUGACUUUUUUUUUUUUAGCUCUGUUGCCUAUAUUAGGUUCUAUUUGUGUAAAUAUAUUUUGCAGUGUUACAGUAUGGGAUUAGGGCCUUACUAAGCCUUUACACUUUACCCACAAUGUAAAUAAUCAUUUGUUUAAUACAGCUGGAAGAUAUAUACAGAAACAAACAAAAAACCCACAAAAAAUAAUUCAAAACUUGAAUUCUAUCAAAGACUUGUGUAGAAAAUUCUGAUAAAUGUGAAAGUAUUUAGCUCUGUGGAUUUGAGAGUAGUAUAUUUUUGAUCUGUGCAAUGCUGUGUGCAGGCCACCAGCUUGUAAGACAUUUCCUAUCUCUACGUUUUAAGUGGUUUGAAAUUUCUUGACUCAGGAUCUUUGAGGCUCUCUUGAAGAAUUGGUAGUUUGUCAAUCUUGCAUGCUUGUUGAAGAACAGAGCAUUUAAAAAUAGUAACGAGUCACCACAGCCCAGUAGUAUCAGUUCUAGUGGUAUAGCUGAGCUGUUACUCUCAUGC